GACGAGGUGGAGGCUCUGUGCAGCCGUAUCGCUAUAAUGUCGGGCGGUGAGCUGUGUGCGCUGGGCUCGCCGGCAGCACUGCGCGCCAACCACGCCGCGGGACAUGCCGUACGAUUCAAGCUGCUACCCGACUACAAAGCCGAUGCUGACUCUGUAGUAGUUCGGGAGAACCUAAAAACAUAUAUAAGCAGCCAGUUCAACUGUACACUCGUAGAUGAAUACAAGACUAUGCUGCACUACCACAUAAACGAGACAAUGCACAACAGCGAUCUAUUCACGGCACUUGAAAGCCUCAAAGCAGCAUAUCCAAAUCUUAUUGAGGACUACUCGGCAACGGAAACUACAUUAGAAGAAGUGUUCUUGUCUUUUGCACAGAAUCCCCAACCGAGCUAUAGAUCACUGUCCCGUGUUUAGGAAUAUUUUCGCGUAAUGUGGCUGUAAGAAAGGCAUUCUUAAUAGGGUAUGUGCGCACAUCAGUAAUGUCAAAAAUAUUGUCCACAAUUCUGCCCUCCUCACCAUAACC